AUGGCGGAAUCAAUUCUAUUCAAUGUUGCGGCAUCCCUUAUAGCCAAAUUGGGCUCUCCUGCACUCGCAGAGUUUCAAUUGCUUUGGGGCCUCGAUGAUGAGUUUGACAAACUCAAACAUACCAUUUCAGCCAUGGAAGCUGCGCUUCUUGAUGCAGAGGAGCAACAGUUCAAGAGCCAUGAACUGAAGAAUUGGAUUUCAAGGGUCAAAGAUGCUUUCUACGAUGUCGAUGACUUGAUUGACGAGUUUGCUUAUGAGACCUUGAGGCGGCAAGUUAUAGCCAAAACUAAAAGAGGAGCGAAAGAGGUACGUCAAGUUUUCUCUAUGCCUCAUCAGAUUGCAUUUCGUUUUAAAGUUAGUCACAGAAUUAAAGACAUUAGAGAAAAACUGAAUGCUAUUGAUGUUGAUAAAAAUCAAUUUCAUUUCACGGAGCGUGUUAUAGAUACUCGAAAUGAUGAGCUGAGGAAGAGUCGAGAGACUUCCUCUUUUAUAUAUGAUGAUGAAGUGGUUGGUAGGAAUGAUGACAAGAAAGCAAUUAUGGAUCUUCUGAUAGAUACAACUACUAAAGUCAAUGAAAACAUUGCAACGAUUGCCAUAGUUGGAAUGGGAGGAUUGGGAAAAACCGCACUUGCACAAUCUGUCUACAACAAUAAAAAUGAAAUGGAACAUUUUAGGUUGAAAUUAUGGGUGUGUAUUUCGGAACAGUUUGAUGUAAAGGUUAUUGUUGAAAAGAUUAUAGAGUCUGCCACCGGAAAGAAGCCUGAGAUCCUUCAAAUGGAUUUGUUGCAAAGUGAACUUCGAAAGCAUAUUGAUGGGAGAAAGUACUUGCUCAUCAUGGAUGAUGUGUGGAAUGAAGAUCACGAGAAAUGGGUUAAUCUUAAAAGAUUGUUAAUGGGUGGUGCAAAAGGUAGUAGAAUUUUGAUCACAACACGUCAUCAACGAGUUGCAGAGACUUUUGAUUCAAUUUCAUCCUAUGCUUGA